AUGCCGACGGGCACUGUCUCGAAUUGGAACUUCCCCAGGCCCGGCCGGCGGAACUCCGAAGGCUUCGGCUUCGUGAAGGUUGAUGGUGACAGUGGUGGCUCUGGUGACCUCUUCCUCUAUGCAGAUAGCAUCAAGGACCCCAAGCUGCGGAGCGCGGCCAAGCUCUUCGGUCUCAAGAACCAACAAAGAAUUAAGUUCGACAUCGAGGAGCCCUUGAGCCAAAGAAAAAGCCGUUUGGCCAUCAAUGUCAUGCCUUUAAAAGACGAGGACGACCGAGACCGACCCAGGAGCCGGAGCCGCGGCCGGAGGUCUCCGAGUCGCAGCCCUCCCAAACGAAGGCGAUCGGACAGCCGUCGGAGAUCCCCUCCACCGCGCAGGGAUGAUAGUCGUGGGCGUGGGGGCCCCCCACGACGGCGAUCUGACAGUCGGUAG